GGGGCGGGGCUACCGGGUCACGAGAGGCCGGAAGUUGCGGCCUUUGCGGAUAAUCUGAGAUGGGGACCACUCUGGACAUCAAGAUUAAAAGAGCGAAUAAAGUGUAUCACGCCGGGGAAAUGCUCUCUGGUGUGGUGGUCAUCUCUAGCAAGGACUCAGUCCAGCACCAGGGAGUCUCUUUGACAAUGGAAGGGACUGUAAACCUCCAGCUCAGUGCCAAAAGUGUGGGUGUGUUUGAAGCCUUUUACAACUCUGUGAAGCCGAUCCAGAUUAUCAACAGCACCAUAGAUGUGCUGAAGCCAGGAAAGAUUCCCAGUGGCAAGACUGAGGUUCCCUUUGAGUUCCCACUGCUUGUGAAAGGCAGCAAGGUCCUGUAUGAGACGUACCACGGUGUGUUUGUCAACAUUCAGUACACACUGCGCUGUGACAUGCGGCGGUCCCUGUUGGCCAAGGACCUGACCAAGACCUGUGAAUUCAUCGUUCACUCUGCCCCUCAGAAGGGGAAGUUGACCCCAAGUCCUGUUGACUUCACAAUCACCCCGGAAACCUUGCAGAACGUUAAAGAGAGAGCUUCACUUCCCAAAUUCUUCAUUAGAGGACAUCUGAACUCCACUAACUGUGCUAUCACUCAGCCCCUGACAGGAGAGCUGGUGGUGGAACACUCGGAUGCUGCUAUCCGGAGCAUAGAGCUUCAGUUGGUCCGGGUGGAGACCUGUGGGUGUGCAGAAGGCUAUGCACGAGAUGCCACAGAGAUUCAGAAUAUUCAAAUCGCUGAUGGGGACAUUUGUAGAAACCUUUCUGUUCCUCUGUACAUGGUCUUCCCCAGACUGUUCACCUGUCCAACACUGGAGACCACCAACUUCAAAGUGGAGUUUGAGGUCAAUGUGGUGGUCCUCCUUCAUGCUGACCACCUCAUCACUGAGAACUUUCCGCUGAAGCUCUGUCGGACAUAGUCCAGCUGCAGGAAGGGGAGAGCCAGAAUGGCCAUGUGGACAUUGACCCAGUCAUCUGCUCACAUGGGGACGUCACACAGACCACCUGCUCACAGGCAUCACGUCAGCAGCAUACAUCUUCAUGUCGUCUCAUGGCCUCAGAGCUUGUUCCCUGCCUCAGGUGCCUUGCCUCAGCCCUCACGUCUGGAAUGCAACAGGAUUCCUCCUGUGUGUUGCAAGCUCACAGAAAGCGUUCCGAUGGCUCCAGAUGUGCCUGUUCCUUCUUAGGUUCAUUAAGCAGUGUGUCUGCACUUUAAGAUGGGCUGCCUAGUGAGAUCAUGGAGGCAGAAGGGAACCCCACCCCCACCCCCCGCCUCCAUCUUGCCCAGACUCCUGACAGCAAAGAGUCAGCAACCAGCAAGCUCUCUGAGUCUGUGAUGCCCUCCAAGGAGUAACAGUUACUUCAUCUGGGAAUACGGAGUUUUCCCUUCUUGACAUCUUGAUAGUGUUUCACUAGAACCUCUAAAUGUUUUAGGGCACUGGAAAUAAAAACCAACAAUUAGUCCUGGUUCUCACAGAGGGAGAAUGGUGAACAGUGGCUGUCGUUGGAGUGUUUGUGUGUGUGGUACUGGCACACACAGUUAAUGCUGCCAUAAUAUUCCCAGAAUGCAUUGAAAGACAAGGUGCUUGCAUAAGGGGAAGAAUGCAUAUGGGCUACUGGUUAGUACUAGGUUCUGAGUGACAGGACACCAUGCGGAGGAAGGGCGAUGGCCUUGGCCUGUCCCUGACCCCCUGGGGCACAUGGCUUUAGCCUCACACUGUAACUCAUACUGUAUGGAGGGUAUGUUGCAAUACUUUUCUUCCUUCUAAUCUCGCUGUUGUUCUGUUGGUCUAGAGUUAAUGAGCGCCCUGCACACCAGCUGGCCUGCCUUCACAGGUUCUGGGGGGCAGGCCUAGGCAAAGCAGGCCCAUCUGACAGCCUCCUGGCUGCACUCCCACUGUUCUGAACAGCUGAGGGAACUGGGGCACUGCUGCUGGGGCCUCACCAGGGAAACCGAGAAGACUUAGCUGAGUCACCUGACAGUGAGUUCCCAGAGAAUGUAUUUUUGCUUUGUCAUACUUAUCCUUGUUAUAUUUAAACAAUCAGUACCCAAAAAAUGUGGGCCAUACUUUCUAGUGAGUCUAAGGAAAAGUCAUCUUUGAUUACAUAAUUUUUUUAAUGAAUAAAGAAAGCUAAACAAUUUUUUAAA